UCUCUUAUUCCUCCUCUUUCUCUAUCAACUCAAGCCCUUACUGUACAACAAUGGUGACUCCGUUUUUAAGCGAAGAUACUGCCAAGGCUGUUCUUCGCCAGGUAGAGUUUUACUUCAGUGAUAGCAAUAUUCUAAAAGACGAUUUCCUCAAGAAAAAGAUCAAGGAGAGUGAAGAUGGCCUGGUCAGUUUGGCAUUGAUUUGUUCUUUUUCAAAGAUGAGAAGCCAUUUGAAUUCAAUGGCAGUGAAGAAUCCAGAAGAUGUACCAGAAGCUACUUUGAAUGCUGUCGCUGAAACUCUCAGAACUUCAUCUUCCCUCAAGGUUUCUGAAGAUGGGAAGAAAGUAGGAAGAAGCACUGAGCUAUUAGAGCCUGAGGAAUUGAUAGAGCAAUUGGACAGUAGAACAAUUGCGGUGUCGCCGUUCGAGUUUACAGUCAAGAGGGAAGAUUUAGAGGCCUUUUUCAGUCAGUAUGCUAAGGUUAAUAGUGUGAGGUUGCCUCGUAAUGUGGCGAACAAGAAGUAUUUUUGCGGCACCGCUUUGGUCGAAUUCUCGGCUGAGGAAGAUGUCAAAAAGGUUUUGGGACAAAGCUUGGUUUUUGCUGGUGCUGAACUGGAGUUAAAACCAAGAAGGAUUUUUGAUGCUAUAAGAGAGAAAGAAGCAGAGGAGUCUGAACGAAUUCGUCCUUCAAACAACUCGAAUAUUGAAGAAAAAUACCCGAAGGGCCUACUUGUUGCUUUUACAUUGAAGAGCAUUUCGACCGGGGACUCCGUGAAGCAGGAUGGUUCUGAUCAAAAGAAGACUGCAGAAAAUGACAAUGGUAAAGAAAAUAUGGAUCAGGAAAGUCCCAUUGAGGAGGUUGAUGAGAAGGAACGUAAAUCUGCUGCAUCAAUCUAUAAAGACGAUAUGAAUGUCGUUUUACGUGAGGAUUUGAAGGAUGUUUUCAAGAAAUUCGGCACUUUGAAGUAUGUUGACUUUAGAAUUGGAGAGGAUAAGGGUUACAUUCGGUUCAACGAACCCGAUACACCCAUAAGAGCUCAUACUGCUGCUGUCUCGGCUAAAGGUGGUCUGGUUGUAAAAAAUUUCAUUGCCAGUGUAGAACUGGUGACCGGUGAUGCUGAGAGAGAGUAUUGGAAUCAACUCCGUUGUAACCAAGAGAAGCACAAGGGAAGCAAGAACCGAUUUCAGUCAAGGGGAGGGAAGAACAGAGGUGGAAAACGUGGCUGGGGUGGAGAAAACGGUUCUCGUCGAGGUCGUCCUAAUAAAGCUAGAAGAGCUUGAGCCGUGUGAGUGAUCUAUGUACACUUCAAAAAUUGGGUCUGGGAUCCUUCUUGGGGACCAUAGCCUGAGGAAUGAGCCUGUGGUUCUUGUUUGUUUUGGUUUUUAGCGACUCCUUUAUAUUACGUGAGUCGAUGUAUAUAUAUCUGUGGUUCUUUAUGCUUUGCUUUUGUUCUCCAAAUGCAAAAAACUCAAACAAUGGUACAAUUAUUAAGUAUAUUAUGCCUUCAACUUGUUUGAUUGUUGAAA